AUGGGAAGCAGGGGUCCACCUCAAUCUCUUCCGAAUUCCGCUGCCAUUUCCAAGGGUUACAACUUCGCUUCCACUUGGGAACAGAAUGCUCCUUUGACAGAGAAACAGCAAACUGCGAUUGUGUCUCUCUCUCACGCGGUUUCUGAGCGACCGUUGCCUCUCAAGUUGGCUCAAGAGAAUGCGUCGGUGCAAGAAAAUGCGUUGUCCGUUAAAGCGAAGGAUAGUUCCUUCGAUGACUCCGGUUCUAUUGAGACUGUUAUGGUCAAUACCAAUCAGGCAAGUCGUCUGUUCAAUCUGUUCUACAAAUGGUUUGCGGAUCUCGAAUCUGCGAUGAAAUCAGAGACAGAAGAGAAAUAUCAACAUUACGUGAACACUCUAACAGACCGCAUACAGACAUGUGAUGAAAUUCUCCAACAGGUUGAUGACACCCUGGACUUAUUCAACGAGCUACAGUUGCAGCAUCAAGCUGUAGCUACAAAGACUAAAACGCUUCAUGAUGCAUGCGAUAGACUGCUACAAGAGAAGCAAAGACUAAUUGAUUUUGCAGAAGCACUUCGCAGUAAACUCAAUUACUUUGAUGAACUGGAGAAUGUUGCUACCAAUUUUUAUUCUCCAAACAUGAAUGUUGGAAAUGAAAACUUUCUCCCGCUUCUCAAACGACUUGAUGAAUGCAUCUCGUAUGUUGAAAGCAAUCCACAGUAUGCAGAAUCUAGUGUUUACUUGCUUAAAUUUCGGCAACUCCAGUCUCGAGCAUUGGGCAUGAUGCGCUCUCAUGUACUUGCGGUUCUUAAAGGUGCCUCUUCUCAGGUCCAAGAAGCAAUCCGAGGAAGUGGGGGUGGCAAUGCAUCUAUCUCUGAGGGAGUAGAGGCAUCUGUUAUAUAUGUUCGGUUCAAGGCAGCAGCAAGUGAGCUUAAGCCACUACUUGAAGAGAUUGAAAGCAGGUCUUCAAGGAAAGAAUAUGAUCAAAUCCUUGCAGAAUGUCACAAACUAUACUGUGAGCAACGCCUCUCUUUGAUAAGAGGUAUAGUUCAGCGGCGAAUAUCUGAGUUUGCCAAGAAGGAGUCCUUACCAUCAUUGACUAGAUCAGGAUGUGCUUAUCUCAUACAGACUGCUAAAAGUGGCAACACUCAGAGUCGUAGCAAAAUGCAGAAACUGGGUGUCUGUCAACUUGAACACCAACUUUUUGAUCAUUUUUUCCCAGCUUCUUCAAAGGAUAUUUCAAGUUUAGCUCCAUUAAUGGAUCCUCUAUCAACAUAUUUGUAUGAUACACUGCGUCCCAAACUUGUUCAUGAAACAAAUAUUGAUUUUCUUUGUGAACUUGUUGAUAUACUUAAGAUGGAAGUCCUGGGGGAACAGCAUAGUAGGAGGAGUGAAUCACUAGCUGGUCUUCGUCCUACAUUUGAGAGAAUUUUAGCAGAUGUCCAUGAGCGAUUGACAUUUCGUGCCCGGACUCAUAUUCGGGAUGAGAUAGCAAAUUACAUCCCAACUAAUGAAGACUUGGACUACCCUGAAAAACUUAAAAUAUCUGUUGAAAGUACUUCUGAGAUCAAUCCUGCUGAUGACAACCCAGAUGUAUUUAAAACAUGGUAUCCACCCCUGGAGAAAACUCUAUCUUGUCUUUCAAAGUUGUAUCGUUGUUUAGAGUCUGAAGUUUUCACAGGUUUAGCACAGGAAGCAGUGGAAGUUUGCUCAACAUCUAUUCAGAAAGCUAGCAAAUUAAUUGCAAAAAGAUCAUCACAAAUGGACGGGCAGCUCUUCCUUAUAAAGCAUCUUUUAAUUUUAAGAGAGCAGAUUGCACCGUUCAAUAUUGAAUUUUCAGUCACACAAAAGGAGCUUGAUUUCUCUCAUUUGCUGGAGCAUCUACGAAGACUUCUAAGAGGUCAAGCCUCACUAUUUGACUGGUCAAGAUCAACUUCAUUGGCAAGGACAUUAUCUCCAAGAGUUUUGGAAAAUCAAAUUGACACCAAGAAGGAGCUGGAAAAGAGCCUCAAAGCCACGUGUGAAGAGUUCAUCAUGUCGGUUACUAAACUUGUUGUGGAUCCUUUGCUUUCGUUUGUUACAAAGGUUACAGCCGUCAAAGUUGCAUUAUCUUCGGGUGGUCAGAAUCAAAAGCAGUCAGGUAUGGCCAAACCUCUGAAGGAUCAAGCCUUCGCUACUCCGGAUAAAGUGGCUGAACUUGUUCAGAAGGUCAGCGCUGCUAUUCAGGAGCAACUGCCGGUGGUGAUAGCAAAAAUGAAGCUUUAUUUACAAAAUUCAUCAACGAGAACUAUACUUUUCAAACCAAUAAAGACAAAUAUUGUGGAAGCCCACAUCCAAGUUCAAACCUUGCUACAAUCAGAAUACUCGAGUGAAGAGAUACAGACCAUUAAUCUGAAAUCCGUACAGGAUCUGCAAAAUGAACUUGAUAAUUUUCUCUAA